AUGCCCCAGCCAGACCACAUCACACCACCGGCCGUCUUCAGGCGCCGCACGAGCUCGUCCGGCUCGUUUCACGCCGGGGCACCGAUUCCCGGCGUCAUAAGCGGUCGCCGCUCGUCCGUGCACAAGUACCAGACUUUUCCGACGGAGCCGCCAAGCACGCCGAGUGGCACCAGGCCCGGCUUGGAGCCCGCGUCCGGCGCGAGCUCCGUCGCCUCGCUGCCGUCGUCGCCGGCCAGCUCCGAGCACGGCGACGACGAUGACGAUGAUGACGACGAAGACGACGAGGAGAAUGGCGAGACGCCGCUGCCGGUGCGGCAGCUCUUGCUACUGGCGUACCUGUCGCUGUGCGAGCAGACGGCGCUCAACUCGCUUGCGCCCUACCUGCCCGAGAUGGUCACUUCGAUGCCCGGCAUGGACGCCGACAAGACGGGAUUUUACCUCGGCGUCGUCGCCAGCUCCUUUGCCCUCGCGCAGCUGUCGACCAACUUUGUCUGGGGCUACUCGUCGGACGUGAUUGGCCGCAAGCCGGUACUGCUCGCGGGCACGUUUGCGCUGAUGGGCUGCUUCUGCGUUUUUGGGCUCUGCACGCGCUACUGGCAGGUUGUCCUGGUCCAGGUGCUCAUGGGCCUGCUCAACGGCAACGCCGCCUGCGUGCCCACCGUGCUCGGCGAGGUCACGGACCGCUCCAACCAGAGCCAGGCGUUUGCCUACCUCCCCAUCAUCUACUCCCUCGGCAGCAUCACCGGCCCGGCUGUCGGCGGCUUCCUCGUCGGCCGUCUGACUCCGGACACGUACCCUUACCUCGCGCCGAACCUGGUGAGCGCGGUGAUGCUCGCCACCGGCUUCCUCGCCGUGCUGCUGUGGUUUGAGGAGACGCUGGACAAGGACAGCCGCGGGCCCGGCAAGCCCCAGUGGCUGCGCAGGCUCACGAGCUGGUACAAGAAGCUGGGUAGCAAGGCCGAGACGAACCGGCGCAAUUCGUGGAGCACGCGGUGGCCUUGCGGCCAGCAGCAGCAGCCUCUUCUUGCCUCUGACUCUUCGUCCGAGGAUGAAACCGAAGUCGAUGGCUUGAACGGCUAUGACGCUAACAAGCCAGGUUACUCGAAACAGGGCAUCUGGAAGGAAAUAUUCAACCCCAUCACGCUGCUGCUCCUUAGCACCUACCUCGUCUUCCAACUCUCCAACAUUAGCUUCAACUCGCUGUACCCAGUCUUUGCGGCGGCCCCGGCUCCGACUGGCCGCGAGCUCAAACCGGGGAAAAUCGGCGCGUUCCUCAGUGCCGCGGGCGUCACGACCAUAGCAUUCCAAGCAUUCGUCUACGGGCGACUGCGAGAAAAGAUUGGAAGCUUGGGUACGUAUCGUUACGCGCUGCUCGGCCUUGCAAUCAGCAUGCUCUUGAUUCCCUGGGUAGGAUACGCCGAUGACGAGCCCCUCUUUGGGAUUGGGAGCGGCAAGCUGUGGCUGUACAUUGAGCUCUGCAUCGUGCUCAUUUUCAAAAACAUUUGCUCCGUCGGUGGCCUCUCGAGCGUCAUGCUGCUGAUUACCAACUCGGCACCUUCACAUGCCAGCCUCGGCACCCUCAACGGCCUCGCGCAGACGCUCUCGGCGCUGGGACGUAGUGUCGGCCCUAUUGUGUCUGGUGGACUGUUUACCAUUUCCGUGCGCAUCCGACCCAAGGGCGAGGCACUCGCAUGGACCGUCUUUGGUGGUCUGGCCUUUAUCGGUUUUGUCGCUGCGCUGUUUAUCCGCGGCGACGGUCUGGAGAGUGAGGACUGGGAAGAAGAGCAUGGCUCCUCUCCAGAAAGCGAAGCAUAG